AUGAUAUACGGUUUGAUAAGAGUAUUUCUAGCCUUCUGAGCUGCAUUUGUGGUAUAUCUGAUAUACUUCUUGAUUAUACGUCCCUAUCUCUGGAGAAGAAAGUACCAAGCUUAUUCAAAUGUACUAGUAGGAAAGAAGUUUUCCCCCAUAAUUGGAGAUUUGAGUAAUGAGAUGCAGUGCAUCAAUGACAACAAGGUACAUUACAGCUACUAUAAGGAGCUAGCUCAAGAGACCAAGAAGUAUGAUCUCAAAGCCAAACUUGAGGGUCCAGAGUCUUGCAUCUCUAUCAUAAGUAGUAAGGCUCUCAAGGAGUUUCUGAAUCUUCAGAAGACAUGCGUGGAUAGAUAUUAUAUGAGGAAAGGACUCGCAGAGAUGGUCAUUGACUCGAUUGCUUCAAGGAAGAGUACUCCUGAUAUUCAACAAAGAAGAAAGAAUGUGACCCAAUACCUUGGCCUCAACUCUGCUUCCAAAUAUAUCCCUCAUAUGAUUGGGUGCUGUGAGAAGAUAGUACAGAGCAUGAUCGAAGAGAAAGAUAGCGAUAUCAUGCACUAUAUGAAUGAACUGACUUUUAAUGUUUUCACAGAGGUGCUUUUUGGGUCUGGAGUAGAGAAACUUGUUACUCAGCUCUAUCCAUACCAAAAUGCUGAUGGUACUACUGAAGACAUCACUCUCCGAGAGAUCCUUAUCAGAGUUUCUAAGUGAUACAUUGAUCAAUAUUAUAACCCAUUGACUUUCAUUGCUCCAUUUUUGAGUAUAUCCCCCUUUUCGAGUUUUAUUAGCCCAGAUUCCUCUUACUACAAGCUUGUGAAUCCUUACAGAAGAGACCACAACAAUCUUCAGGUCUUCAAAAGAGCGAUCAAGAACAUUGUGCAGACUUCAUCUGACACUAACUCAGUAGGCAGGAAAUUUUUUGACCUUCCUGAGCUGACUGAGAGACAGAAGAUAGACGACUUGGUAGGUAUCAUGAUUGCCGGGUCUGAAACCACCUCUCACACACUGGUAUCUUGUCUGUACUUUAUGAGCAGACACCCGGAGACACUACAGAAGCUACGUGAAGAACUCAAUAGAGAAGGUCUUUCCAAAGGAGAAGCCUUUGUAGAGAACUGUACGCUUGAGACCCUUCAAAACUGUACCUAUCUCAGCUGUAUUGUAAAGGAAACAUUGAGACUUGAUUCUGCUGUAGCAGAUACAUUUGACUAUGAGCCGAGCAGAGACAUCACUAUCUGUGGAGUUCCUAUUUCUAAAGGUCAACGCAUCAAAAUUGACCUCCUCACCAACCACUUUGACAGUGACAAGUGGCUUGACCCAGAAGCUUUCAUUCCUGAUAGGCACGAUACAGAAUCAGAAUUCUUCAAGGAAUCUAAAGAAGCAGGCAAGGUAGCAGAUGUUUAUGCUAGGAGAUCAUUCAGUCAUGGGAACAGAAACUGUCCUGGGCAAUCUUUUGCUCUGCUUGAAGCAAGAAUCGUGAUUGCAUAUUUAGCAACCCAUAUCGACUAUGAAUUCGACUUAGAAGUUGAGAAUGAGCAAGGAGUUGGCUUUGGACUGGCAACUCAGUUUUUGCCAAGAAUAAGAGCAAAAAUGCAUGGACAGAAUUAGGUUUGGCAUCGAAGUGAUAAAUUCCUCUCUCUAAUCUAAUUGAUGC